CCUUUUCCAUCUUGAAAAACACUCUACACUCUUAUUUUUAACUUUUGUACUCAACCAAACAAUUAAAAUAGAAAAAAAGUAUGAUAAACAAAGAAGAAGAGAAAUUAAUGUUACAACUCAUAAGAGAACACCUCCUCGGAGACUCCUUUAUUCACUACGAUCCAUUACCCCUUUUCAUCUCUCAUCACAAACCCAAUAAUUUCAUUCUAAACCCAACAACCAGUUCGGUCGAAUCCACCCCGGAUCGAAAAUUCUCCGGGUCGGGUAAUGGAUCUUCGCCGGCCGAUGAGGGAACGAAGAAGCAGUACAGAGGGGUUAGGAGGCGACCAUGGGGAAAAUAUGCAGCAGAGAUAAGAGAUCCGACCCGGAAAGGCUCACGGGUCUGGCUCGGAACUUACGAGACCGACGUGGAUGCUGCCAGAGCUUACGAUUGUGCAGCUUUUAAGCUGAGAGGAAGAAAAGCCAUCCUUAAUUUUCCGUUCGAUGCCGGAAAUUUAGUACCGCCGGUGACGAUUGGCCGGAAGAGGAGAAUUGAUCAGUGAUGCACUUAGUUGAGUGGGUUUUUGUUUUAAAUAAAACUAAAUCAAUUUGUCGGUUUAUUUUAAGUGCAUAAAUAAAUCAAAAUAAACCUAAUUGAUUGUGGUCA